CAUAACUUGUCACCGACGCGGUGCUGACGCAGUUCCUCUUUCUAUUCUAAUCUUCGUGCUGGUUGGGGCCGUGUAUUAUCAUGGACUUUGCUUCGGUCAUGGAAUCUCCAGCCUGAUGUCGGAUGUAGAUUAUGCUUUAUCUUCCUUAUGAUUUGUUUUUCUUUCUUUCUUUCUUAUCUCUCUCUGUCUUCGGGUCAGAUGGUUAUACCUUUUUCUUUUUCCGUUCUGCUUCACCGUCGAAUAGGCGAUGGAAUGACGAGCACGGGUCCAGUGUAUGGAGCUGGACACCUCUCCCACGUGAUUUGAUGGGACACGAUCUGAUCUUCUUCUGCCUUUGUAGAGUGUAGGUUUAUAAGUAGAGGAAAGAGGAGAAUUGUCCGACUCUGAACCGUCCG